AUGGAAUUGCAUUUUGCAGCUUCCCUCCGGGGAGGGAGGAGGCGGGGUGUAUCGGAUGGUGUACUCCGGGAGCCAUGUUGGUUUCCGUUGGGCUGAAAGUUGAGGGACAAGUUUGAACUGGGGCGCGAGCGAGUGAGACAGACAGCGGCUGCGCCCGAGUCCCCCUCCCCACCAAUAACUCGCCUCCCCCCGCCCGCGCGCGCAGGGAACGGCACUGCCCUGGAAGAGGACCCGCCUGCUCUCGCUCGACCGUCCGCAAUGCGCCGCAGCUGAGAGGCGGCACACAGGCCGGAGAGGGAGCGACCGACCGACCGCGAGAGUCCAGAAUGAUUUCCAACCAGCAGAGCAGCAACCGGCCCCGGGCCAACAAUGUCGGCUCGAUGCUGCUGACCCCGCAGGAGAACGAAGCGCUGUUCAGUUGCCUCGGGAGGAAAUGCCUGACAUUAUCAUCAGCCGUUGUUCAAGUAUUUGCUGCAGAGCGCAGUUCACAUUGGACAAAGAAAUGCUGUGGAGUCGCCUGCCUUAUCAAAGACAAUCCUCAAAGGUCUUACUUUAUCCGUGUUUAUGAUAUAAAGGAUGGGAGAUUAAUGUGGGAGCAAGAAAUGUACAACAAUUUUGUUUAUAAUCCAUCUCGAUCAUACUUCCAUACUUUUAUUGGUGAUGCUAGUCAAAUAGGACUUAAUUUUGCAAGUGAAGAAGAGGCAAGAAGAUUCAAGUUUGCAGUCAAUGACAUAAUUGGAAGACGCCAAAGAAGAACUGAGAAAAGGCGAGAGCCGCCACCACUAAACGGACCGUCUCUUCCUAUGGCUACAGUUGACAUUAAGAAUCCAGAAAUUACCAAUGUUCGAUACAAUGCACAAGUUAACAAUUUUGCAUAUGCCAAAGAUAAGAAGAAAGUCAAAGGUAAAAAGAAGAAAUUGACUAAGGCGGACAUUGGCACACCAAGUAACUUCCAGCAUAUAGGACAUGUUGGCUGGGACCCAAAUACAGGUUUUGAUCUGAAUAAUCUGGAUCCUGAGUUGAAGCAUCUAUUUGACAUGUGUGGGAUUUCUGAGUCACAGCUAAAGGACAAAGAAACAUCAAAGAUCAUUUAUGAUUUUAUAGAGAAAAAAGGAGGAGUUGAAGCUGUGAAGAAUGAGUUGCGUAGACAGGCUCCACCACCACCACCACCUCCACCUUCUAGAGGAGGACCACCACCCCCCCCACCUCCACAUAGUUCAGGACCCCCUCCUCCUCCUCCAGUUCGUGGGCGUGGUGCACCACCACCUCCGCCCCCAUCAAGAGCCCCAUCAGCAGCUCCUUCAGCAGCUCCCCCACCACCUCCACCUUCCAGGCCAGGAGUAGGAGCACCACCCCCACCGCCAAGUAGGUUAUACCCUCCCCCUCCCCCUCCACCAGUCCCAUCCGGUCCUCCACCACUACCGCCUCCAGCUCAUCCUGUUCCUGGAGGUCCAGGAGCUGCUGGGCCCCCACCACCACCUCCACCUCCACCACCUGGCCCUCCACCACCUGGCCCUCCUCCACUCCCUGCUACAGCCACUGAAAAUGAUCAUUUUCCUUCACCUACUGGCAACAAAUCAGCUCUGCUGGAUCAAAUCCGUGAAGGCACUCAGUUGAAGAAAGUUGAACAAAGCAAUCGGCCGGUGUCUUCCUCAGGAAGGGAUGCACUAUUAGACCAGAUAAGGCAGGGUAUACAGCUUAAGACUGUAAAUGACCAAGAUUCUUCUUCUCCUUCAACGCCUACACCAACAGCAGGAAUUGUAGGAGCACUGAUGGAAGUGAUGCAGAAAAGGAGUAAAGCCAUUCACUCUUCAGAUGAAGAUGAGGAUGAAGAUGAGGAAGAAGACUUUGACGACGAUGAUGAAUGGGAAGAUUAGAUUUUCUUGGCAAGAUUGUAAACCUUUCUAUCUUUCUUAAUCUUGUAAAAUUGUCCUGUAAAUGUUCUGCAUAUUUUGCUGUAUAUUUUUGUUGCCUUUGCUCUUUUCAUAACCUGUGCAAUACCUCAUUUAAUAAUUCCUUAGACAAAGCAUUGUGGAUAGUUAUUCCCAAUGCAAAAUGUGUGUUGGGAGAUAUAAAUAACUACAUAUGAAUGUAGUUCCCAGCAACGAAAGAAAUUGUGAUUGAGUAGGAGCAAAGUUGACAGAACUUUAAUAAUGCUUGUUAAAAGCCAGAAUAGCAACACUAUUUUUUCAAAACCAUGCAAUUUCAGUACCUAAGAAGAAGCAUCUCUUAGUAAAGCUUCGCAUAGCACUAUAACUUUUUUAAAUACAGCGCUUCUAUUCGAUUCCUUCAGGACUUCAUUGUUCUGAAGCUCAGAUUUUUGCACCCUUCUAAAGUAAUUCGUCACAUGAAUGCACAGCUUACAGGCAGCUCAUUUGUGUCUUACUGUUUAGCAAUACUGUCUGGGUGAUUCAAAGAUGCACAGCAACUUAUGAGUGUUUUAUACUGUAUGCAGCAAUACUGUCAAUCAUGACUAUUUUCAGUUGAAAUCCCCUUCCUUAUGUCUGUUACUUUAUUGAAUAUUUAUGCUCCUGGCUUAUUCCAUGCCUACGGGAACUCAAAGUCAAGCUUUUCAAAUAGGAAUUCUGGUCCUCUUGUGAAAACUCUAAACAUAAUCAGGGGACACAGAUUUUUAACCCUUAAAGUGCUAAGUGAUAGCAUUUCUUUUCAUCAUAGUGUAUAUUUGGCAGUAUUAAGGGUUAAUGGAAAAUAACCUAAUAUUCAGUUUUUGGAGGUGAAGGCUGUGAUUAGGAAUUUGCAUUUAAUAUAUUCACAGAGGGCUGUGCUUAAUGCUUGUUAAACGGCAAUUUGGGAAAUAUUGGAAAUGAACUUGUAAUAAUGAAUAUCAACGUCGGUAUCGUUACCUUACAGUCCUUUGUCUUUGGAUCAGAAUCAAAGAGCAAACUCUCAAUACAGAUUGCAAUUAUGAAAUGGAACUUUUAACGGAAAAAUAUAUAAAUAAAUGUUUAAAAUCACUGAAAAAUAUCCUUCUUCGCUUUCAAGAUUUAUUGAGGGUGCAGAUGUAUUAUUGAUCGCUUAUCUUAUUGUCUUUCAUCCAGCUGCAAUAAUUGAGCCUUAUUAACUACCCCAUGAAUCACUCCUGCCCUUUCAAACUGUAAUAUCCAGUCCAAGGCGUUUGUGGAAAGUGCACAAAUUUAUUCUCUCCUGAUUUUUAGAACUGUUGGUUUGUUUAGGAUCUGUGACCAUUCACCAUACUAGUGUAAAGCAUUGUGGCUGUCUUGGCUCAAUUCCAGAAACCAGAAUAAUUUCCACGCUGUUUUGUAAUACUCAAUCUCCAUUUUUAUGAUUGUCACUGUUUUCUGCAAUGUUAAGAAAAAACUUCUAUUUUACAAUUUUUGUGUGCCGAAUUGCCUUCGUGUAACUGAGAUUAAGGCAUGCUCACAAAGCCUCACAUUUCAAUGUCUAUAUCACUUUUCACUUUCAGAAGUGUUAACUGUUGCAACAAAAUUAAUGUUCUGUAAAGUCUGAAAAGCAUUCUAUUUUCCACCAAAGGAGAAAACAACUUACCCAUUGUAGUUGAUGACUUCUUACUAAUCUUUUUGAGUGUUACAGAAUCUAUUUGCAGUUAUAAUGCAUUACGAUGAUAUUUCAAUCAGUUUUCAUGUGACCAGAUUUGAUCAUUGCUUUAUUUCAAGUAUUAUAUGGCAUAAUAGGCAUAUUCACACAUUUGGUUCAUAUUCUAGAUAGGUGCAUGUUGUAAGAGCACUGGUACUGCUGACAUGUACAAUUUAGAAGUGUUUUAAAAGGUGGACAGGGUGGGGUGGGAGGGGUGAGCAUCACAUGCAGCUGGGGAUACAAGAAAGUGGAGUUGAAGCCACAGGUCAGGCAUGAUUUUACUGAAUGGCACAGCAGGCUUGAAGGGUCAAGUGGCUUAUUCCUCCUGAUUUUAGAAGUAUGGUUUAAUGAUGUUGAAUAUGAUCAUUGAUCAGACAUGCACACGAGCAGUUCCCAGCAAGUUUUAAGUUAUUAAACAAUGAGAUUUGAUGUAAAUUUGUUGAUACAUGAAUAGUGUUGCUUCUCUCUCUGCUAAUGGUAAGGCAGAAUUUCAAUAAAAUUUGUGCAGCUCAGGCCAACAUGUGAUGGGGCUCUUUUGCCUCUGAAAUGAGGAUCUGGUGCAGUAAUUUGUAGAAAGUUUUUGAUGUGGUUUAAUGUUUUCCCUUGAUAAUUGAAGAUAAGGGAGAUCAUUUGAUCUAUCUCAGUUUACUCAUUCAUUCAUUCACUCAUUCCCCUCAUUGCAACAUCAACUAGACCUUGAUGAUUGCAGACUUUUUGUAUUAAACACAACCUAGCAAUCAAGUUAGCUUUUGCUUAUUCUUUAGUGUGAAGAAGAACUUUCAGAUAUUGGUUCUAAACUUGCCUUGUCCUGUUAGGGCUGUUUGAAGUAAUUUUCUGCAUUUUCAUUUCUGGAUAACUUGUUUGUGAACAAAUAUGACAGAAGACACUAGUGAUAUCUUUUGUAUGAGAUUUCACAAUUAAAAAGGGGCUGUAUAUUCUUUGUUAUGUUGAGCUCUGAUUCUGUUAGAUAAUUGGGCAACUGUUAUGCAAUAUCAGAACACUUUAAUGCAUCAUCUCUUGUCAUCCUGUAUCUAAGUUCACUUAAUGGUAAGAAAGCUUUGAGACUUUAAAUGUAUGCCAUGUUUCACAACAUAUAAAAUAUGUUUGGAGGAUGGAACCUUUCUAUUGUGGCCAAGUAUUAUUUAUUGCUGAGAAGUAAUAAUGCUCAAGGCACAACACAAACUCUCCAAACUGCAUUUUACUGUCCAAACCGAAGAAAACUAUAACCAACACCAACGACCAGUAUCAAUGACAAAAAAAAACAGAAGACAUUUACUGGUUUUAACUGGCGUUAGCAUAAUCCAGUGUUUCAUAGGUAGAUAAAAGACAAACCAUCUUCAAGUGAUGCUAUAUCUUUUAUUCCUGACUGGGCCCAGAAUCUAAAAUACUUUUAUUUACAAAAUAAGUGCCCAGCUCUGAGAUAAAGCCCAAACAUUCACUUUGUGCUCACAAGCUCACAAAUUUCCUGUUUAUUACAAAGGAAGUGUCACAGCUAUCUAGCGCAAAGGUCUGACCUAGAAAUCAUACAUUCGACUUUUUAAAAUUAUUGUUAUAGGACCCUUUGUUCCAAAGUAUAAUUUUAAUUAUAAAAUAAAAGCAGAUUUCUAAAUUUAGUGUUUGGUGGUUUCGCUGGAGGUGUUUUGCUUUUGAAUAAUAAAGUAAUGUCAGACUUCAUUGCGUUUGACCAGAUGUAAAUCCAGCAGAAUUCAAUAAGUAACUUGUGUUUUAUUAGAACCCAAGCUGAGGUUCAGUGACUAAAUUAUAUUUAAUUACCAAGGCAGAGUUUUCCAUCUCUGCAUUGGUUACCAAUCUUUGCUCUUGCUUCUCUUCCAGCAUUGCUAAAAUCUCCAACUGGCAAAGCAUUGCUAGUGUUGCUUUCACUAAUCCCUUUUUUUGCUGAAAUAUUAGCUCACCAGCAUUGCACUUACUGUCCUGUUCUCACCAAUCUUUUGUCAAUUUGCUGUCACUUCAUGUGUUUAAUCAGGUUUGUCAUCUUAACAGAUGCCUUUCAGUGGUCAUAUACAUUUACAUCGACCUGAUGUAUGUUCCAGUGUGUCCUUGCUCAUUCGUCUCCGACCUCAUUUGCAACGCCCUCCUUAAUCCCACAAUCUAUUCUCUACAUUGUUGCUCCUCUCCUCAUCUUUUAUGUUAAGAACCUUCAGUAAAUUAUUUUCUUUAAAUAGUGUCUUGACAUAAAGCUUUUCAAGGAGUUUUAACAAACAAAAUGACAUUAAGCCCAAGAUUUUGUGACAUGAUGAAAAGCUUGGUUGAAGAAGCAGAUUAUAAAUGGAAAGGAGACACAAGGUAGCACAAAGGUGGAAGGACAGUGUAUGAAAGCAGAUCAGCUGCAGAAGGACAUGGGUAGGCUGGGAGAGUGGGAAAAGAAGUGGUAGAUGAUUUACGAUAUUGGAAAGUGUGAGGUUUGCCCUUUCGUGUGGAAUAGAGGUGUGGACUAUUCUCUAAACAUGGAAAAGCUUACGAAAUCUGAAGCACAAAAGAAUUUAGGAAUCCCUAGUUCAGGAUUUUCCUGAGGUUAACAUGCAAAAUUCAGUUAGCAGCUAGGAAGGCAAAUGCAAUGUUGCCAUUCAUUUCAAGGGCUAGAAUAUAAGAGCAGAGGUGUACUGCUGAGGCUGUAUAAGGUUUUGGUCAGGGUGCAUUUGGAAUGUUGUGAGCAGGUUGGGUCCUGUAUCUAAGAAAGGAUGUACUGGCAUUGGAGGAGGUCCAGAAAAAAUUCACAAGAAUAGUCCCAGGAAUAAAGAGCUUGUCAUAUGAGGAGAAUUUGAGGACUCGGUCUAUACUCAGAGUUUCGAAGGAUAAGGGGGGAUCUGAUUAAAAUUACAGUAUACUGAGGGGUCUGGAUGGAAUGGAUGUGGAGAUGUUUCCACUAGUAAAAGUGGAAAAGUUAGGUCCCAACAGCACAACCUCAGUGAAAGGAUCCCUUAAGAAUUGAGAUGUGGAGGAAUUUCUACAGCCAGAGGAUCUAUCGAACUCAUUGCUGGAGGGGUCUGUGGAGGCCAAGUCAAUGAGUGCAUUUAAGACUGACAAGUUUUCGAUAAGGGAAUCAAUGAUUAUGGGGAGAAGGCAGAACAAUGAGGUUGAAAAACAUCAGCCAUGAUUGAAUGGUGGAGCAGACUCGCUGGGCCAAGUAGCCUAAUUUUGCUCGUUUAUCAUAUAGUCUUGCAGAGACUGAUGGGUUUAAGGCGAGAGUUUUAGAGCUUGGGAUAAAAAUAUGCCAUUGAUUAGGUGAUGAAAAUUAGACAAGUAUUUUGUAGUGAGGUUUAUAGUGUUUGCAAGCAUUUUGUAUUAUAUGUUGUACCUUUACUCAAUGCAUUUUAUCUUCAUGUAGUGCUCUGGGUAUAUUGUAGCACAAGAAUUGUUCAAUAAAUACAUUACUUCUGAUGCUGAGGUGAUCUGACUAGUAAAGCAAUUGGAAAGUUAUUCAGAUUGAAAAUUUUCUCCAGCUUCAAAAUAGCAAACAAUGCCUCUGCUGCAAGUAUCAAACCAAUAAAGUCAAAGGCACUUCUAAAUCCAGGUGUAAAUUAAAUAUGCAUGAAGUUAAAUUGAGGUCAGCAUCAUCUAUAUUCACAGACCUCUACUCCAUGUGGCCACUCUUAAAGAUAUAUUUUGGGAUUUCUCAGCCAAAUAUUUUGCAAAAAGUAAUUUAUUGUUUAGAAAAUGAUUGUUUUGACCCAGUUCUGUGUAUUAAGGGUUAAAGUAGUUCACUCCAACAGAUUUUCUGAAAGAAGAUAGAAACUGCACAUAAAAAUAAAGCUGGACAAACUCUGCAGUUGUAACCGCACCUGAAUAGAUGUUUUGGAACUAAAGAUAUUCCGUGUUCUUAAUGCAAAAGUUAUUGCAAAUUCUGGCUAGCAAGAAAAAUAGUCUUAAUUACACUGCCUCCAGAUAUUCUGACUGUAUUCAUAUUUAAUUUAAUGCUUCAUUCUCCUUCCUUCAGCCACUGCUUUUGUAUACAAAUCCACUUUGAUAGCUUGGUAUCAUGAAAAAUGACUCUCAUCUGAUAUUAACCAGUUUUUGGUCUAUUGUUGUGAUAGAUGAGAUCAAUACAAUCCCUGAACCACAUGGUUCCUAUACAAUUGAAAGUACAAGAUCAAGAUUUGAAGUAGGUGUGUCUAUUAAUGUUUUAGAAAAUAAAGAGAAUUAUGAAUUUGCUACAAUUUCACACAUCACAGCAAACACUAAUAUUGCCAUUUUAAAACUUGCUCUAGGUAUGGGUAGUUCUUGUAUAAAGCGUGUUUCGGCAGCGCAAUUUGAUCAUAACGUCGCUGAAGAAUUAGGGAACGGUAUUUUCAAGAACUCUGACCUCUGUUUGCAAAAGCACAAUUCCAGUGACAAUUGUUUCGCCAACUUCAUUCUGAGUGUCCUCCUAUGUCAGCUGCCGUGAGAGCAAGUGAGAGGUACAGUACUAUAAAUUGAGUAGCCUCAUCUCAAAAAUUAAAUUAAUGGAUGUUCAUUGUUCUUCCUCUGAGAGAAGAAUAUUCUUGUAUAAUCCCUAUAUAAUUCCAGCAGGACUUCAAUAAUCUUAUACAUACCAUUUGCCUUUCUAAUUUGUUUUUCUACCUGCAUAUCGCACAAUCUAAAUCAGCCCUCAGGAAAUAGAAGACAAUGAAUCAGCCAUCCAUUUCUGCGAUGAUGAUCCUCUGUCCCUGCAUUAGCAAUAUUUUUUCAAUGUAAUGUUAAAUUUACUUUUGUUAAUAAAUGAUUUAAACCUUUA